CCAUACUAGAAUAAGAAACUUUCAAUGUUUCGUUGAAACACAGCAAAUCAUGAAAAAAUAUUAGAAUUAACGUGAUCAACCUGUAGUUAACCUUAUACGUUGAUUUUGUCAUCAACAUCGACACUUGAAAUAAUUUUGUUUUAUUAAUAUUACCGAAUAGCAUAAGAAUAUCAUAAUGACAAUACUAAACAUGUCUAAUAUCGAUCUGAAAUAUAUUUUCUUUUUCUUGAUUUAUAUUAGUAAAGUUCUCAAUAGAAAUAUGACAUGUUUUUGUUGGAUAAUAAAUAAAUUUGGAAAUAGUCAUAAAACGUCUGAUAGAAUCGGAUAUUAGUUUGCAUUGUGAUCAAGAUUACAUAGAUAGAGGAUGGAUCAAAAAUCAAUUUACCGAGAAAAAAUUGAAUAUGUUGAUUAUAGCUCAAGCAAAUGAAUUGAGUUUUUUUCGAUAAUAGGAACAUGUUUGAAAUGACUCUUUAUUAAAUUUAUUGCUUUUUUUUCGUAUCUGUGUGUGAGGUUCCCGUUUAAGGGUGUAGACUAACUUCAGCCACCAAUAUAAUCGAAGGCUGAAUAACGAACUAGAUAGUCGGGAUCAAUAGACUAUCACGAGAAAACUCACUAUCAAAAAUGCCUACCGUGCCUUGAGAAUGUAAAUGAAUGAAAGAUGGGUGUGGAUAUAAUGAUUUUAUUGAUGAUAAUCAAUAAAAUAUAAUAAAGAAUAGCACAGGCUAUAAUAAUAAGGAGGAUCAGAAGAAACAAAAACAACAACAACUGAAUAUAUAUAAAUAUAACUAUAUUUAUAUAUAUUCGAAAAUAUAGAAAAAGAAAAAACGAAAAGAUAUAGGAAAAGAAAAGAAAGAAAAUCUCAUGAUGAUCAAUAUAAAUAUAAAUAUAGAUCAUCAUAAGAAGAAACCGGAAAAGAUGCAUAUAUAUGUAGUCAAUCGAACCACACAUAGGAGAGAGAGAGAGAGAGAGAGAAAGAAGAAAAAAAGAAACAGUAUAUAUAUAUGUAUGUACAUAUAUAUAUAUGUUAGCGUCAUGAGUUUCAUUCAUGGACGCUAACACUGUGAAAAAGCAAAAACGUUUUUUGUUGAGGAUGUGGGUGUAGUAGAUAUGGACAUUAUAUCGAUCUCACACCCAUACCCACACCCUUGCUACAUUAAAAUUUUAAAACACUGGAAACUAAAUGAACAUUAAAAAACAUUUAUUUAUUUAUUAAUAUUAGGCAUGCACCAAUUCCAAUUCCAACCAAUUCCAAUACCAAUUCUAGAAUUGGAAUUGGUUGGAAUUGGUAGAAUUGGAAUUGGAAUUGGUUAG